CACAUAGAAAUAUUGGAGUUGAUUUUACUUAUGUGAAGGUGUUGAAUGUAUGAAUAUUAAUAUAAGCUUUUAAUGUGGUUUAAAUAAUGGAAACGGAGAGUUGAAUUAAAUAAUAUUGUUUAACAAAACUCAUGUUUUAAAUAACCAACAAUUAAAAACAUUUUAAAAGUAUAUUAUAUUUAGAUCGACUUUUGGUAAGUAAUCAGUUUUAGUAAUUUUGUAGUUAAUGUUAUUUAAAUUUAAGAGUUGAGUAUACAAAUCUUAAAUUGAGCUUUCUGUAUCUUAUAAUAAAUUAUAAAAGUGUUAAAAUAACAUUUUGUAUCUUAUAAUAAAUUAUAAUAAUGUAAAAAUGACAUUUGGUAUACCUAAUUCAAACAACAGGUUCUAUAGAUAAUUAAUUUGAUAGCUGAUAUUGUUGUUAAAUCAACACCAUUUGGUGUUAUAUCUGAAUAUCUAAAGGUUAAAGUGACGCUUGACUGCUUGAGUUGAUAAUAAUAGAAAUCUAAAUUUAGAUUUUACCACAGGAAAAUUAUUUUUUCCAAGUAUAAUGAUUAUGGACAGUUAUUUCUUAUUUAUAUCAAUAUUUCUAUAUUAACUAUGUUCGGUACUUCGGCGUGUUUUGUAUUUUCAUUUAUUUUGUUACCACAAUAUCAUCGAUUUAUUAAUCAUUCCUGCUCUCCGAUCGAUGUGAAUGGUGUGUGAAUCAGUGAAUCUACUCUCCAAGUACUAAAAUAUAGUCGCAAUGAGUUUGUUUCAAACUGACGAUGAAUUUAUUUAUCAACCUUUCGUGGAUGCUUUGGAGACAGCGUCUUUACAGAUUGUGCAGUCAAAUCCACCAGUUUACGAAAGCGAACAUAAAUUACCACAGAAUUCUUCACUUACAGACAUAUCAUUUUACAACAAACAUAACCACAGUCCAACAACUGUGAAACGAGUAGAAGUUUUGCAGCAGGGUCAUAGCAAAUAUGGUAAAUACAAGCCUAUGCAAUGGACGAUUGAAACAAUAUUAGAAAAAUUGCAUACAACAAAUGACGGUAGAUAUGUACUUGCGGAUGCAAAAAAAAAUAAUGGGUUUUUAUCUGACGAAGCUCAGAACAUACUCACGCAACUCUUAAUAAAUCACCUAUUCCAGGAUCAGAGCAAAGGUAAUGAUUUAUUUUUUCGUAAAAUAUCUGAUUUAAUUGUGCAAGUAUUUCCCGAAGAGCAUAAGAGUGUUUACUUUAUACCAGCAAGGUCAGAGGGACCUACUCAAACCCAUGCAAAGGGAAAACUGAUAGAAAGGUGGAAGAAUGUAGCUAGGCGCUUAAGGACAGUUGGUGCUAUAAGUUCUUCUUCAGUGGUAAAAAACCUACAACUUACAGCUACAGAUAUUUCAUUUUCUGAAGAUACAUUGGCUAUUAAGCGAUGGUUGGCGAAUGAAGGGUUGACAGAAAAUUUUGAUGUUGUUCUGUCCAAAUGGCAGUUGACUUAUGAGCUAAGAAAACAUGAAAUUUUAAAUUCCAGCAAUAAAUAUUUAGCAGACUUAUUUGAAUCUUGGCCUGCACUUCAGUGUCCGAUUGGUUAUGAAUUGAUUGUUGAAGACUAUCGUAUUGGGUAUCCUGAAUCACAUGAUUUAUUCAAAGAUUUUAAUUGUUUUUUGAACAGUUGGGAAGUGUUCUCAACUAAACUAUUAAAAAUAAGAAGAAGCAGUAUUAAGGAUAAAUAUGCUAUUAAUCUAUUGUCAAAUUUGGAUUCAGCUGAACUCAAUGGAAAUUUAAAAACAGCAAAUGUUAUAAAAUUACUUUUAAUACCUUAUUUGAUUCCGACCAAAACAUUAAUGAAAAAUAUUUUACCUAAUGGAAAAAAUAAAUGUUGGAAGCCUUCAUUAUUAGAAUCUUCUUCUGCAUUUGCUUAUUUUUGUAAUAAUCUGACUGGUCUUCAAGAAGAUAUUGAUAAGAGACAGUCAAAAUAUAGUCAAUAUGGAGCUACAAUACAGCCUUAUAUAAUCUUUGUUGGAAAAGAUUUAAGCUCUAUUGAUUCUUCUUACAUCAGGGUAAAUAAAAAGUUAUGGUGUUUCGACUGUCCUUUAAAAGCUCUUGAAAUUUGUUUUAAGUCAUAUUUUGUAUUUAAUUGUGCUUACCCUGCGGAAUGUUAUGACUCUUGGCUUGUAAUUCAACAAUACUUAUUUAAAUUGUUCACAAAAUAUGAUAAAUCAACUUCUAUAACUACUUCUGUUACAUCUAAUCUUAAUUCAUAAUCAUUUCAAUUUCAAUUUA